AUUUCAGCGCUACAGCUUUGGUUUGAGUUAUAGGUGUCCGUCGGAAUGCAACCCCCCUCCAUCCAUUUCACCGUUAAAUCGAUGGAAAUGGCAGCGUGCAGGUGCAGCCGCGGUGUGUGUGUCGGAGCCGACGGGGGACGGUGUGUGGUGCACUAGGACCGGGGAGAGAUCCCUCUCUCCUCGUCGUGUGCAGUGCAACUACGGAGCAGAGCUGUGGAGGAAACCCCCAUCGGAUCUGACCAUCAUAUCCAUACAUUUCGUUUUUCCCCAUCUCCGCCGCGACGCGGCUGAGUGCAGAGGAUCACACCGACCAGUGCGCCUGGGAUGCUGAAGCCCCCCAGGAUUGGAUAAGUCAUGAAGAUCGAUUUGCCCAAAAGUCAGCUGUGAUUUCUUUUUUUAUCUUCAUUUUUUAUUUAUUUAAUUUGUUUUGUACGGGGGACGACCACUUUGCAGCUUUACUCUCAUUCCUUUUCAUUUUGUUGGUUGUAGUAGUGUUUUUUUUUUCUCCCUAUUUUUUCCUCCAUAUCUACCCAUGAUCGUUUUAUUCCAGGCGCGCAAAUUCUCCUCUGCGUAGGAGAGCGCUUGUUGGCGCACUUCUUUCCCCCGAAAGACAAUAUUUCGAUUAUUCCGUUUGGAUUUUAAACCGCACGGUUGGCUGAAUGGGUGACACCGCUGAGACACAGACUGUAUCUGGCUUGCACCCAUUUUAUGGAAACGUGUUUUCUCCACUGACGUGGAGUUGUGAUGUCCAAAACCUUCCCCACUGACUAACAAACGGCGUUGUACCAUUUUGGAAUCGAGUUGAAAGGCUGUGAGGACGGGGGGAAGAUGAGACCUCCCAGCCCUCUUCUGAUCCUGCUGUACAUCACGCUGUCCAGGAGUGUGAAGGUGGUCUCCAAGAGAGGCUCAGUGGAUGGCUGUACAGACUGGUCAGUGGACUACCUGAAGUACCGGGUGCUGCAGGGCGAGCCGGUGCGGCUGAAAUGCGCUCUGUUCUACGGUUACAUCCGGGCCAACUACAGCCAGGCGCAGAGUGUGGGCCUCAGCCUCAUGUGGUACCGCAGCUCUGGCCUCGGCCACAGUGACUUUGAGGAGCCCAUCACUUUCGAUGGGUCACGCAUGAGCAAGGAGGAGGAUGCCAUCUGGUUUAGACCUGCUGACCUCCAGGACGUUGGCCUCUACUCCUGUGUCUUACGGAACUCGACCUACUGCAUGAAGGUGUCCAUGUCUCUGACUGUGGCAGAGAAUGACACAGAUCUAUGCUACAACUCCAAUAUGAGACGGAGCGAGAAGGCUGAGCUCAGUAAGAGCAAAGAGAUUUGGUGUCCUGACAUAGAUGACUAUGUUGAACCUGGAAAAGAUCCAGACAUCGUCUGGUACAAGGAGUGCCGUCCAAAGCAGUGGCCAGCCAACAUCAUUCAGAAGAGAGACAUACUGUCUUUCCAGGAGGUAAAGGAAGAGGACAUUGGGAAUUAUACCUGCGAGAUCCAGUUUGGUGGUUUUGUGGUCAGGAGGACCACUGAACUCACAAUAACAGCUCCUUUGACUGACAAGCCACCAAAGAUCCUGUUUCCCUCGGAAAACAAGAUUAGCAAUAUGGAGCUGCAGCUAGGGAGUGCUUUGAACCUCACUUGCCGGGCAUUUUUUGGCUACAGCGGUGACGUCAGUCCACUCAUCUACUGGAUGAAGGGAGAGAAGUUCAUUGAGGACCUGGAUGAAGAGAGAGUCCAGGAGAGUGACAUCAAAGUGAUCAAGGAGCAUCUUGGUGAACAGGAAGUGGCCAUCUCCUUGACGAUUGACUCUCUGGAGGAGGAGGACCUGGGAAAUUAUUCCUGUUAUGUGGAAAAUGGUAACGGCCGUCGCCAAGCUACUAUCCAGCUCUUCAGACGAGCAGAGCUCAUGUACACAGUGGAACUGGCAGGAGGGCUGGGAGCAAUCCUGCUGCUACUCAUCUUCCUCAUCUCCCUCUACAAAUGCUACAAGAUCGAGCUGAUGCUUUUCUAUAGGAGGCACUUUGGCAGCGAGGACGUGGACGGAGAAAACAAAGACUACGAUGCUUACCUGUCCUACACCAAAGUGGACCCUGACCAGUGGAGUCAAGAGACCAGGGAGGAGGAGCGCUUUGCCCUGGAGAUCCUCCCUGAUGUCCUGGAGAAACACUAUGGCUACAAACUCUUCAUCCCAGAUCGAGACCUCAUUCCAACAGGAAGUCUCACGAAUGAACAUUACCAGGAUGACACACGGCUCUUUGGAGCCUACAUAGAGGAUGUGGCACGCUGUGUCGACCAGAGCAAGCGCCUCAUUAUAGUCAUGACACCCAACUAUGUGGUGCGGAGAGGCUGGAGUAUCUUUGAGCUUGAGACUAGGCUGCGCAACAUGCUGGUGACUGGCGAGAUCAAAGUCAUCCUGAUUGAGUGCGCUGAGUUGCGUGGCAUCAUGAACUACCAGGAGGUAGAGGCUCUUAAGCAUACCAUUAAAACCCUCACUGUCAUCAAGUGGCAUGGCCCCAAGAGCAACAAGCUCAACUCCAAGUUCUGGAAGAAGCUGCAGUAUGAGAUGCCGUUCAGACGCACAGUGCCCAUGCUCACCCACGAGCCGGCGUUGGACGUCAGCGAGCAGGGUCCCUUCGGAGAGCUACAGACCGUCUCUGCCAUCUCCAUGGCAGCAGCCACUACCACCGCCAUGGCCACCGCCCACCCAGAGCUGCGUUCCUCUUUCCACAACACCUACCACACCACCAUGAGGCAGAAACACUACUACCGCAGCUACGAGUAUGACAUACCCCCAGGAGGGACCCUGCCACCUCUCUCUUCUCUGGGGAACCAGCACACCUACUGCAACAUCCCACUAACACUGCUGAAUGGACAGAGGCCUCCGGGGAAGAGCAGAGAGCACAGCCUUGAGGAGGCGCACGCUAACAACGCCAUGCUCCCUCUGCUACCACGAGAAACCAGCAUCUCCAGCGUCAUCUGGUAAUAGCGAACAGACUCGACAUCAGCUGGUCGGAGAAGGAUCAAUCAGGGUCAGACAUGGCUUGGUUCAGUCUGGUAGCUCUAAGGAAGGGAAAGAGUUCAAGCUUGUGGUUUCAGUGAAAAGUGUUCAGGAUCCAUUUGGUCCAACUGCAGUGAACUAGCAGCUCUUGAUGGAGAUACGGCAGGUUUUUUGGACACUCCUACUCUUUGUUUUACUUUUUUUUUUUUCAAGAGGACAACACCUGAGUAACUGUUUUCUAUGUGAAACUACAGGAGAUAAAAUAAAUAUAUAUAUAUAUAUAUACUGUUUCAACAUCUAGUGAGAGAUGGACUCGCAAGAACUCCACAUUUAAGAAACCAACGCACUAUGGCAAUUGUGUACUUGUAUGUAUAAUGUACACUCACAAAUGUGCAUAUAUACAAACACAAGGAAAACAGGGUCUUGUACAUAUAUUUGGAUUUAUUUGUAGCAUCAGUGUUUUUCCUGUUUUGAUCUUUUGUUUGUUUUGUUCAAUCAUGUUUGCUGCCUUCUUUAAUGCAGGACUUUGCUUUAACUUGUUACACACAGUUGUAUAUUUUCCAUUGUUUACUCUUUUUUAGAUUGUUUUCAACAUGCUUGUUUGGAAAAGCCACUCUGUCCAUGCACUUGUGCUGUUUUUUGUUCAUUUGUUAUUGUUUGUUUUUUGAAUCUUUGUGUAGUUUAAGAGAACAUUUUUUAACACUUUUGGACACGCCUGGACAUUUCAGGAGCUUUGAGGAGCUGAAACAUCUUUUUUUCCUAUAAGAGGUGUAUCUAGUUUAAAAGGAAACUUUCUCUUUUAGGAAACAAAAAAAUCAUUGAAUAUGCAAAAAGAAGGAGGAGCUGGUGGAAAUGCACCGUCCUGUGAGAUCCAGCAGGUGGAGCAGUUGGGGGGCAGUGCUGUCCUCUCCAAUCAGAUCGACCAAUAGACUGGCAGAUCUCUCUCUAAAGCUUCGUAUUUUCUAUUGAAACAAACAGCCUUGCUGUUUUAGAGUGAUAGUGAAAUGCCUCACCUUAAAAAGAAAUCUGUAGAUUAUUUUAAAAAGAAUUCUAUUUUUAUAACAGAAAAGACUUUGCUUGCGGAGUCGUACUUAUUUGCAUUUCAUCUACCAUGGAAAGGGGAUUUGUGUAUGUGUUAUGCUGGUUUUGUAUCCUUGCAACGUGAUUCCUGGUUUGUUCAGAGAUUAAGAUGGUUUAUGAAUCCCACAUAAGAGAAAAAGCCCUCUACUGUUCUAGAUUCAAAAGUAAAGCAUUUUCAAUGUUUUUCCUUUCUUUCUUUUGUUUUAACACAAUAUUAUUCCCAUACUUUGGUUCAUAUGGAUAGUUAAUGUUUAAGGAAAGAAAAAAACAUGUGUUUUGAAAGACUUUUUAAAUAUAUUUGAAGGUGUGAUUUUUUUGAG